AAGGAAAGGAAAGGAGGAGAGGAGAUAGUGCAAAGAUGCCCGCGAUCCGACGAGAAAAGACCAAUUCCGCUGCCCCCAGGGCGUUCCAGGACCGACUGGAGUCCUUUGCCUUCUCGUCCGUUUCGACCCGUACACGGCCCACGAAUCGGGCCUCGGCCUCGAAGUCGAAUACACCGCCGGCCACGGACCAACAACCCGAAGAGGUGCCCUCCCCUGCGAAACCCGACUCCACGUCCAUAACGACGGUGACAAAGACGAGAGUCCGCGCCACGACCAAGCGGAAGGCUAGACCAGCGGCCCGCAGCGGAAAGCAGAAAUCCACUUAUGCCCCGCCCGAGAAAUACGCUCACCUGGGCGGCGUGCAGGAUGCCUUCUCCCCCAAUCUCCUGAGCGUCUUCAUCGGCCUGAACCCGGGGAUCACGACAGCCACGGUUGGACACGCAUACUCCGCGCCGUCAAAUCACUUUUGGAAACUCCUGCACAGCAGUGGACUAACGCCGGACCGUGUCUGCCCCUCGACGGAAGACAUACACCUACCGCGGAAGUACUCACUCGGCAACACGAAUCUCGUCGCACGCGCCACCCUGAACCAAGCCGAGCUGUCGAAGGACGAGAUGGAUGGCAGGGUGGAGCUCACGGAAGAGAAGAUCAGGAGGUGGAAGCCGGAGAGCGUGUGCAUCGUCGGAAAAGGCAUCUGGGAGAGCAUCUACCGCGCGAAGAAUAACGGCGCCAAGAUUCCCAAGGACAAGUUUGUCUGGGGGUGGCAGAGCGAUGAGAAUAGGUUUGGCGUGGAUGCAGAGGAGGGAUAUCCCGGCGCUAGGGUCUUUGUCGUGCCGAGCACCAGUGGACUGGUAGCCGGGUAUUCAAUGCAGUUCAAGAAGGAUAUAUGGAAAGUGCUCGGCGACUGGGUGCAAAUGAGGAGGAAGGAGAGGGGCGAGACGGCGCCGAGGCAGGAUGCGGAUAAUUUGGUGGAGGUGGGGGCAAGUUCAGGCAUUUGAGUUAAAAAGUAGUCUACCCAGUUCAGAAAAACAUUUACCGGUAUAAUUAUCCCCCAAUUAACACCGAUCGUAUUUUCACCUCCAAAAACCAGGUGGGGGAAGAAUUCACCCUAGCCGAGUAUUGUACGAGUAGAACUAACGAUACACUACUCGUACUGUUACAAAGAUGGAACACCCCACACUUGGAUCAACCGCCCGUCCGGGAUAACCUACGAUACAGCGCGAUACUCAACCUCCCCCCCCCUCGCAGUGACCGUCCGAAAGCGAGUGACGCACUAUGAAACCGUCCAUUAGAUGGGUAAGAGUGAAAGAAGGUAUUUUGAGUCUGUACAUUCACUCGUAUGAUACCGAUAGAAACACAAAUAUUUGUAAAAGGUGCCGCCGUAUGGGCCUGAAGAAGCUCAAGAGAAGCUUGGACAAGUGGAACAAGUAUCAUAAUGAAAAUCAAGUUUUGGAACAUUACGGAAAAGGGAAAAAAAUUAUUAAGAAAUUGAGGACCUGUUCGGCGUGUAUGUUACCGAUGAAGAGAUAUGGUAUUGCGUGGAUGUGGCUUACAGG